CACCCACAUACUGACACACACACAUAGAUAGCAGAACCUACUAGACAAAGUCAGGAAGUGACAUCACCUACAGGAAGAGAAGGCAAAUACUUUUUUUUUCUCUUUUAGUGUGUUGUCUGUUUUCCUGAGGGAAGUUGGAGCCCCUUAAGACCGUUAGCAACUAGCAGAGAGAAAAUUCAGAGGACCUAGAGGGGGCAGAGUCACUGAAGCAGGCUUUCACAGGGAGUUUAGAAUCAAAGGAUCCAGACACUCGAAUCCUCCCUGAACUUCCCACAACUCUCCACCACAUUCCAAACACUCCGCUGCAGGAUUUCGGCCAGAUUUCCGAGAUGAAGCUUUAACUGAACCAGUGUCUCUCAGAGUUUAGGAGUGAAUGAAGCUCUGUCUAACUCUUGUUUGUUAUGGACAUAUUCAGAGCUAUCUACUGACCACGUAUUCAAGUUCCCCCAGUGUGUCAUCGCACCAAAUGAAAACAAGAACUCCUUGCAGUCUUUACACGACAGUCGCUGACCACCUGUGACCUGAUUCCAAGAGCUGAAAUCCGACCGGUUCCCCUCUCCCAGGAAGGCUACACGUUCUCAUACUCCAACCUAACUAUUUUUCACCGUUGCGCAUUCUCCCCUUAUCUCAGGGGAAAUAACUGAGUCAAUGGCAUUGUGUCUUGGUCAAGUGUUUAGCAAAGACAAAACAUUUAGGCCAAAGAAGCGCUUUGAGCCCGGUACGCAGCGGUUUGAACUGUACAAGAAGGCCCAGGCUUCGCUCAAAUCUGGCUUGGACCUGAGGAAAGUAGUUCAGCUCCCAGAAGGCGAGAACCUCAAUGACUGGAUUGCUGUUCACGUGGUGGAUUUCUUUAACAGAAUUAACCUAAUCUAUGGCACAGUGAGCGAGUACUGCAGCGAGCGCACGUGCCCUAUCAUGUCUGGGGGACUGAGGUAUGAGUACAGAUGGCAGGAUGGUAAAGACUACAAGAGACCCACCAAGCUGCCUGCUCUCAAGUACAUGAAUCUGCUGAUGGACUGGAUAGAGUCACUAAUCAAUAAUGAGGAAAUCUUCCCCACAAGAGUAGGAGUACCUUUCCCCAAGAACUUCCAGCAGGUGUGCAAGAAGAUCCUGAGCCGUCUCUUCCGGGUGUUUGUGCACGUUUACAUCCAUCACUUUGACAGCAUCUGCAGUAUGGGUGCAGAGGCCCACAUCAAUACUUGCUACAAACACUAUUAUUAUUUCAUCUCAGAGUUCAACCUCAUUGAUCACUCUGAACUGGAGCCUCUGAAAGAGAUGACAGAGAAGAUAUGCAAUUAGACAAAGCCACAUGGACAAAGGAGUUUACAUUAUGACGUUAUCUGAGCCCCUUGAGAAAACUUCCGCAUCAAAACACUCCAGACAGAGUGUAUGAGUGGUUUCCAAGCAUAUACGACAUGGCCCAUAAACUCAGUAGACUUCUGCAGAUGGUGGCAAAGUUCCUUUACAGAACUUUUCACUUCACAUUCAUUAUGGUGCUGUGAGUUUCCUCGUUAUUAUUCUGUAUUGUUUUAUACACUGCAUCUCCUGUACUCUGUCUUUCCUCUUGUGCAUGUAUAUGUUUUAUCUUCGUGUAAGUUUUGAUGCAUUGUUUGUUUUCUUGUUGACCAGAGUUUGUAUUUUGUACGAUGUGUUUUUACUGUUUAAAAUCUGAUUUAAGGGCAUAAAAGUUCUUCCCAUCAGUCA